GGAGUUCCGCGGGCGCGGGGCGGAAGCGGCGGCCCGGGGGCGCGCGCGCGCGGGGCAGCGGAAGCGGAAGCGGCGCAGGCGCGGGGGCCGAGCGGAGGGGACGCGCCCGCCAUGGAGUCGCGGGGGAAGGAGCCGCAGCCGCCGAACAGGAUGGGCAUGGGCGACGGCAACCCGGCAGCAGUGCCGCAUGCUGCUGAGGACAUUCAGGGAGAUGACAGGUGGAUGUCACAGCACAAUCGGUUUGUCCUGGACUGCAAGGACAAGGAGCCCGACGUGCUCUUCGUGGGGGACUCCAUGGUGCAGUUGCUACAGCAGUACGAGAUAUGGAGAGAGCUCUUCUCACCGCUCCAUGCACUGAAUUUUGGGAUUGGUGGAGACACCACGGGCCACGUUCUAUGGAGACUGAAGAACGGUGAACUGGAGAACAUUAAACCCAAGGUCAUUGUUGUUUGGGUUGGAACAAAUAACCACGAAAACACAGCAGAAGAAGUCGCAGGGGGAAUCGAGGCCAUCGUGCGCCUGAUAAACACCCAGCAGCCACAGGCCAAAGUGAUCGUGCUGGGCCUGCUACCUCGUGGAGAGAAGCCAAACCCUCUGCGGCAGAAGAACGCCAAGGUGAACCACCUGCUGAAAGCCUCGCUCCCCAGACUGCCCAACGUGCAGCUGCUGGACGUGGACGUGGGCUUCGUGCACUCGGAUGGCACCAUCUCCUACCACGACAUGUUCGACUUCCUGCACCUGACGGGCGGGGGCUACGCCAAGGUCUGCAAGCCCCUCCACGAACUGAUCAUGCAGCUGCUGGAGGAGACCCCCGAGGAGAAACGAGCUGCCCUGGCCUGAGGCUGCUGUCAGCGUGGAGAGCAUCAUCCAGCCCAUCAGAUCAGUUCUGUCACUGGCACUACAGAAUCCUUCUUUCUUAAAGCACUUUCCAUUGUAGAAUGUUACCGGAUGUCCGUACCUAGUGUUUUGAGGGGGAAGGCUCAUGUUUAACUGGUCUUGUACAUACGAGGGCCGGCUGGGUUGGUUUUAUUGCAGGAGGGAAUUAGCUGAAGAAGAGUUUUACUUUUAAACCAUUCCUCAUUUGAAACGAGAACAGGACUGUCACUCUGUGCCCCUCAUGUCUUGUUGCCCUGUGGUUGUCCUAGACCCCCUGUAGCCUGUCCGACAGCCCGCUCCUGGCUCACCGUUCCUGGCUGCAGCCAUCGUGCUCUGUGUAUUUGCCUGGGAACAAGAAUCACAUUCCACUUGCAAAAGCCAGAACAGAUGCAUUUUUCCAAACUCGGUUCCACCUUCUAGGCGGUUUUGGGUUUUUUUGUUCGGGGUUUUUUUUGUUUGUUUGUUGUUUGUUUUACUGAGGGGGGUUAAAUGACACGUGUUGCUUUCUCACUCCUUUCUGAAGCAGCUUAAAAACUGGAAUUCAGAAAUUUAAAGAAGCAAACAGUUACCUGAACUCGUGUAACACUCCCCAGUGCUUGUCUUGUGCUCGUUUCCCCAGUCCUGCUAGCGGGGGCUCCUUCCCUCCCACGCAGCUCUCCUGGGGCACCUUCCCCUCCUCCCACGCAGCUCUCCUGGGAAUGCUCCCAUUUGGGUGCUGCUGCUGGCCCCUGCUCCUGCUGCCCGUGAUGUUGCUGGCUUUUAGCAGUUGCUCAGUGUAGGAUUUUAAUGAUCCAGUAAUUGGCAGUCACUUCCUCACUCCUCUGGAACUGACAGACAUCCUUCCGAGGUGCCCGGGCUCUUUGCAGGUUUUUUUUUUUCUAUUUUUUUAUUAAGUAUGACUGUUACAUCCUUUUUUUUCUAAAGCAAACCCACAUGAAGAGCCCCUGGCUGCAAGGCCUAAAUCACUCUGAAGCUUUACAGAUAGCAAGGUGUAUAUUUCCUUAUCACUACUGGUUUACUUGUAUAAACAUUUUAUUUGAGCAACUACAGCCUCUUAGAGUAAAAAGUGGAGUUAAGGCGUAGCUUCUCCUGCCCUGGACACUGUUCCUCACCUCGAGCAAGGGAGCCAGGUGGGCAGGUGCCCUCCUAAAGGGCUGUGGCUCAGUGGAGUUUUGGUUUGGUUUGUAGUUCAGAGGGCUGGUUGUAGCGAAACAACUUUUCAUUUCAAACUGAGACCUUCUCUUCCAGAAAGAAACGGUUUGGACCUGAGAAGCAGAGCCCUAGAUGAAUUGAUGACUUGCAAAUAACCUAUUUUAAACCAAAAUCUGUUCCUCCCUGCCUUACCUGCCAGAGCUGGAGCUCAGUGGUGCCACGCUGGGUUUGUGCUUCCCGCGGGAAGCCAGGCAGGUAAACCUGGGAGGAACAGCUUCACUCCGUGCUCCAAGGGAGGGUGUUCAGGUGUCAGGUGGCUCUGCUGAAGCCCAUAGGUACUGUACAUAGUCUGUCUGCCCUUUGCUGUAGCCAAGGGGCUGGUGUGUAACUCUGACCUAGCGUUGAGGAAUCCCCUAACGUCCCACCUCGUCCCCCUCCUCCUGUAGGUUUGAUCAUAGCAGGAUUCCUGCCUGGAUUGCAUGCAUAGUGUGUGUUUUGUUUCCAGUAUAUGUGAUCUACACACAGAUGAAGGAAAGGUGAAGCAUUCCCCUGGCCAGGAUCAGACACAGGGAGCUGCAGAGUGCCAUGGAGAGGAGGGAUCACAUCCUGCCCCCAUGAUCCAGAGCAGGGGUGCUGCUCCCUGCAGCUCCAUGGCCUUGCAGGGCAGGCUUUGAGAGAACACUGCUCAUGCUUCCCAUAGGCUUCUGGCUGGAAGUACUGGGGAAGGGCAAGUGGAAAAUCAGAUGUUAAAAGUGCAGUGCAGUGGAGAGUUCCUGGGGAAGGGUUUAUCCCAUCCCCAGCCCCCUCAGGGAGCCGGGAUAAAACCCGUUCUUGCUCCCUGAGAGCUUUCCCUCUCCAGGCUUGUGAGAAAAGGCCGUGUGCUUGUUUAAUCUCUGCAUCCCUGCUCCCUUCCCUCCCUGCUGCUGCUGCUGCAUUUGGCUGAAGAGAUGCUAACCAGGAAUGUACUCUGCAGUAAAGCUCUGGCUUCGCUCGGCACCCUGUGCUCGCUGGGAGCCAGCCCCUGGGCAGGGUGCCGAGUGGCCCAGGGAAUUUGGCAGGCUCCGGCGCCACCGGGGAGGCUCUGCUGGCUCUGCUUAGGCUUGGCUUGCUGAGGUGCCAUGCUCUGUGCUGGUUCAGUGCUCUCGGCUCUGCUUGUUGCUGCCUGGCAGGAAACUGCCCCGCUCACCUGAGAGGUGUCGUGGGCGAGAGGAGAUGUGCCUCCUGCUCACCCCGUGCUGAAAUCCGAGUGCCUCCUGUGAGAAAACUUCAGUUCCAGCUCUGGAUGUCCCUCGGGACGGGGCUGGGCUGGGGUUGUGGCCUGCUCUGAGUGAGCAUGUCCAGUUUCGUGUUUAUGCAGCAGAGAGGAGAACAAACAAAAGAUGUGAAAUGACAGAGUUGUGAGGUGCCGGGGGAGGGUGAGGCAGGAGCGGGGAGGCCCCCAUACCUCCCCUCGCUGCCCACCCACUGCCCCGAGCCUUCCCCGGGACACAACCUUUGUGAUUCUGCUUUGGCAAAAAUGCAUCGGCUGGUAGAAGUCACUGUUAGUGCAUAUUUCGAUAUAAAUGUCAAUGUUUCACCAACCGUGUCGCAGCCUGUGUGUGUGUGUGUGCCCAGCCGUCUCCUGCCCUGUCUCGGUCACUUCUGGAGGUCUCCAUGGGGCCAGGCAGGUGCUGCCAAAGCUCCCACUGCGCCUCUGGGAGUCGUGCUCAGCCAGAUCCUUGCUCCUCGUUCAAUUCCUGCUUCCCCCCACUCCGUCUGGGGCUGGUUUUGUCUGUUUUCCCUCCUUUCCCCGUGCAGAUCUGGGUGCUGCACCCAAACCUGCGAGCACGGUGCUGCAGGUGGAGGGCACUGGUUGAUUUUGGCCCUCGACAGGACAUCGGCUGGUGCUGGAUUCCCGAGUGAUUUAUCUCGAGUGGCCCUGGAGCAAGCAGGGAAUGCACAUCCCCACGCAACCCCGCUCACAGCCAUCCUGCAAGAGGCGGCUCGAGUUCCGUCAGGGCCGAGGAGCCGGCCGGAAUUCUGCUUCUCUUCCCACAUGUCUGUCCCUGGGGUUGUCCCAUCUGCCGCCAGCGCCGCCACCUGCACCUGGAAACCGCGGGCAGACUGUCCAGACUGGGAUCCUCAGGGACAGGAGGGCCCGGAGAAAUAAAGUGCACAAUAGCAGCA